AUGAACUCUGGGAACGAUAGCUGGCACUCCCCAGCUGGUGGGCCUCCGUCGCACCCUGGGAUGGAUCAGAUGAAUCAACAGCCCCGACCCUUGGGGUCGUUUGGUCAAAAUCCUUCUCAGCAAGGUCCGGCUUCGCAGCCCUCCGGACCUGUCCUCCCUCCUCCAGCCGGUCCCUACCACCCCGCCAGUCAAUCCGGUGGGCACUCCCUCCCCGGCCUCGCAGAGCUAAGUCAAACCCACGGCGCUCCGCAUCAACCAUCGGCAUAUGGACAGCAUGGACAAGGUCCAGCACACGGAUCGGGCCACUCUCUCCCCGGAAUCGGUCAAGCUAUGCAUGCGUCUCCCCAAUCUCUGAACCGCGAACGAGAGAGAGACUCCAGAGAGCGCGAUAUCAUUGAGCGCCAACGCGAGGAGAUGGCUCACCGAGAGCGCGAACAGCGCGAACGUGAACAGAUGGAACGCCAGCAGAUGGAACGUCAACGCGAGCAUCACCCCGUCCAAAGCCACCCAGGCUCAAUUCCCCUCCACCAGCCCGUUGCCUCGAAAGUCCAAAAUUCCAUCCAUGGCCCCAAUGGCCUCCUCUCAAAUCUCGGUUCUAACCAGCCCAAUGGACCCCAGGGUGGUGUGCAGUCUUCCGGCGGCCCGGCGAGCCUGUUCGGCCCACAGAUGCCACAUGGUGAAGGUACCCCUCGAUCAUACAUGGGGCACCCCGGCGGCCCUCCGAUGAUGGGAGGGUACAACGGAUCGGGACAACAGAUCCCUGGAAAUGUCGCGGCUCUCGCACAAGGCCAACAGCCCAUUCUGAAUGCAAGUUCCCCAGCGGGCUCCCAAGGAUUCGAAAACAUUUUUCUAACGCUGCCUUCGCACAUACAGGAUGCCCUCAGCUAUCUGGAUCAAGUAAAAGUUCGAUUCGUUGAUCAGCCUGAUGUCUACAACAAAUUUUUGGAUAUAAUGAAAGAUUUCAAGAGUCAAGCAAUCGAUACACCGGGCGUCAUUCAGCGAGUUUCCACCCUUUUCAACGGCCACCCAGCUUUGAUCCAAGGCUUCAACACAUUCCUGCCCCCGGGAUACCGUAUUGAGUGCGGUACUGAAGAUAACCCUGAUGCUAUUCGUGUGACAACGCCUUCUGGUACCAAUACUCUGAGCAUGCCCCGCGCAGGUCGCCCGUUGGAAGCCAUCAAUGAUAUAGGCCCCUCCAGUGGUCUGGGCCCACAUGCUCGUCCUGACUAUUACGAGCAAUCUCGACCUGGCUGGCAACAGACUCAACAGCAGCAGAGUCAGCAGCAGCAGCAGCAGCAGCAGCAGCAGCAACAGCAACAACAGCAACAGGGCGUACCUGGAUCAUAUUCUCCUGGAUCUCGAAUGAUGGCGGGUCCCAAUAUAUACCCACAAGAAAGUCAGGGCACCCCUCAGGACCAUCAUUAUGGAUACCAAGGCCAGGAGGCCCAGGGUGCUGCGGCAUUGACUCACCAACAGGAUCAUCGUGGGGUUGCACAACUGCAGGGCGCGGCUUCUGCCGCUUCCGGGAUGGGUCGGCCGUCGCUGAUGCAGGUAUCAGCCGCUAGUCAAAAUGCCAGUCUUACUCAGCCUAUGAACAGCUUGGCUGGCGUUGGAGGCAUGCUUUCCGGCGGCCACGGCGAUCUGACCAAGCGUGGACCUGUUGAAUUCAACCACGCUAUAAGCUACGUGAACAAGAUUAAGAACCGCUUUUCGAACGCACCAGAGAUAUACAAGCAAUUCCUGGAAAUACUGCAGACAUAUCAGCGGGAGUCGAAGCCAAUCCAGGAUGUGUAUGCUCAGGUUACUCAGCUGUUCAAUACAGCUCCUGAUCUGCUUGAAGACUUUAAGCAAUUUUUGCCGGAAUCUGCCGCCCAUGCUAAGCAGCAAGCUCAGGCACGUCUCGCUGAAGAAGCCAUUCCGGUUAGCAACAUGCGAGGUGACCCCAUGGGACUUCCUUCUCAGACUCCUAAUCGUGACAUGAAGAACAUGCCUCCACUGGGCCAAUUCAACGUCAAGGAUUCUGGCAAGGAGAGCAAGAAACGUAGAGGUGCUUCUGGUGUCGCUGGGUCUUCUGUUUCGGGGCCCUCUGGUGUUGAUAGUGCAAGGUUGCCUGAAUCAUCGGUCCGUGGCCAGCCAGCUCCGUUUGGCAAUGGCAACAAGAGGCCCAAGCACUUCCAUGGAAAGCCCUCGGGAGCUGAUAUUCCAAAUGUCUCUCCUACGUUGAUCCCCGCGUUGCCAGAGCCUAUCCCACCCUCUGUGUUGACAACGCCAAGCCAAGAAGAGAUUGCAUUCUUUGAUCGUGUCAAGAAGUUUAUUUCGAAUAAGCAGACAUUUAGCGACUUCCUGAAGCUGUGCAACUUGUACACGAAUGAUUUGAUUGAUCGUUUCGUUUUGGUCAAACGUGCCGAGGGAUUCAUUGGUUCUAACGUUGAACUCAUGAGCUGGUUCAAGCGUUUCAUGAACGUCGAAGAGCCCGAAGAUAAGACUAUUGACCCUAAGCCUAAAACCGAGGCUGGUGUUGUUAACCUGGCUCACUGCCGAUCCCUGGGACCCAGCUACCGUCUUCUGCCGAAGCGAGAGCGCCAAAAGGCGUGCAGCGGUCGUGAUCAGCUCUGCUUUGAGGUAUUGAAUGACGAGUGGGCAUCGCACCCGACUUGGGCGUCAGAAGAUUCCGGAUUCGUUGCACACAGAAAGAACCAGUAUGAGGACGCUUUGCACCGAAUUGAGGAGGAUCGUCAUGACUACGACCACCACAUUGAGGCGUGCACUCGAACAAUCCAGCUCAUCGAGCCUAUCUGUCAGCAGUUCUUGCACAUGUCUGAGGCUGAACGUGCCAAUUUCAAGUUGCCCCCUGGCCUCGGUGGGCAAAGUGAGGCCAUCUAUCAGCGCGUCAUAAAGAAGGUGUACGAUCGCCAGCGUGGUGAACGGAUUAUCCGCGAUAUGUUCGAGCGCCCCUGUCAAGUUUUGCCUAUUGUCUUGUACCGCUUGAAGCAGAAGCUUGAAGAAUGGAAGGCCUGCCAGCGUGAAUGGGACAAGGUCUGGCGUGAGCAGAUGCAAAGAGCAUACUGGCGCAGUCUUGACCACCAGGCCAUUGCCACUCGGCAAAGCGACAAGAAGCUCUUCGUUGCCAAGAAUAUUCAGCAGGACCUUCAGGGCAAGUUUGAAGAAACUCAAAGCCGUCGUAAGUGUGGUCAGAACCCACCUAACUACCAGGCCGAGUUCAAGCUUGACGAUAUUGAUGUUCUUAUGGACACUGCACACCUACUCUGCAUGUACAUUGACCGGAGUACAUCUGGCUUUGGUACUGAUCCACAGCGCUUGAUCAAUUUUGUCAAGGAUUUCAUUCCUAUAUUCUUUGGACUGGACCGUGAAACAUUCCACGAAUAUAUUGAUGAAUCUAUGAUUGGUGCCACACCUCCCGAGGAACUGGAUGAGAACUUCCCUGCCGUUGAAGAUGAUGAGUCGAACACUAGUCGAAAGGCACCGAACACGCAGAAGCUGGAUCUAUUGCGUGAGGCGCUGAGCCGUCGGGGCGAUAAGCCAAGCAACGAGCACAAAGAGAACGGCAUUACUCCUGUCAUUAAUCAACAACCCACUCCUGAGAUUGGCUUAGCUCCUUCUGCGACUGUCUCAGAGGCAGAUGAGUCCUUCGAUGUUGCUGAGCUCAAGUGGAUGGAGCAUCCCGGCCAAGGUAACUUCAAUGUGGAGCGUGAGUACACGCUGAACGAGAAGUAUAAGAAGGAUGAGCACCAUAUGUACUCCAACCUUAAUAUCCUCUGCUUUUUGCGCACCUUUGAAAUCCUCUACGCUCGUCUGCUGCGGAUCAAGGAGCAGGAAGAAGAAGCCCACGAGCAAAUCCGUCGUGGUCUCCUACCUAAACCUGCUCAUGAGCUAUGCCUUAUUGAUCGAUUCCCUGGUGACUUCUUCUAUGAUGUCGAACCCAAGGCCAACCUGUACAAGCAAAUUGUACGCAUGUGUCAGGAGGUGAUCCGGGGCGAUAUUGAUCAGAUUCAUCUUGAGGAAACUCUCCGUCGCUUCUAUAUGCAAGGUGGAUACCUUUUGUAUAACCUUGAACGAAUCUUUAGUUCUAUUACUAAAUUCGUUGGCUCUGUGUUCACUGGGGAUUCUCGUGACAGGAGUUCAGACAUUGCGAACUUGUUUUUCAAGGAACGCGAAAAGAGUGAGACAACUCAUCACCAAGAGAUCCAGUAUCGCAAGCAGGUUGAGCGAUUGGUCAAGGAAGGCGAUGUUUACCGUCUUACUUAUUUCCCCUCUGAUCACCGCGUAACUGUACAAGUUAUGACCACAGAGGAUGCCACCCUUGAGAACGCGGAUCUGAGCUCCGAGGCCCGCUGGUCCUACUACGUAACAGCAUACUCGAUGCGUGAUCCAACCGAAGGAGUCCGCUACUCCGAAAUGCGCAUGCCAUUCCUCAAACGCACCCUCCCAGGCAAACUAGACGAAGACGAAGAAUACGACCGAUUCUACCGCCGCCUGCAACACUACGAUGGUCUUGUCAUUCGUAUUUGCGCAAACAACUACACGAUUCUCUACCAACCCCCUACGCACGACUGGUUCUGGCGAUCUACAAUCCCACUUCCAGAGAGAGACGCAGACGAGGAGGCCAUCAAGACCAUGGAAGAGGAUUAUGCUAAAGAAAAGAGCGCUCUGACAGAAAAGCGUCAUGAUCGCUUCGUCGAGAAAUUUGUUAAUAACCCCAACUGGGCGCGCGGUCUGAGCAAAGACAAGGUCGACGAGUCGAACCAGCGUUUCCGAUCCUGGUUAAAUGGGACAUUAGAGAAUGGAACUGAGAAAGAAGGCGAGGAUGUCAAGGAAGAUGCCAAUGGUAAUGGUACCGAGAAUGGCAGUGAUAAGGAAAAGAGCGAUGAAAAAGAACCUUCAGCGCCUACCGAACAACCCGUUCCUGCUCCUGCGUCUGAGGAAGAGAAGAAGCCCGAGGCUGAAGCUGAGGUUGACACUGAAGCUAAUGCUAAUGCUGAAUCUGAAAAGCCCGAGCCUGUGGACUCAGAAAUGGCCGACGCCGAGAUGGCUGACGCGGAACCCACGGUGUAA